AUGCAGGACGAUGUGGAGAUCGAUCGAAUUCGUCAGAAGGCUCGCAACAUGACUAAAAACUUCUUGGAUGACGUCGAUUCCGCUCGAGCCAGAGCCAAAGAGCGAGAUGAAGCAACAAUCAAGUACAUUGACGAUCUUCUGGUAAGCGGCGAUAUCGAUGCAUGCGGUUAUAAAUGUAUGAGGGCAAACGACUGUCGGCUCGCCAUAACAGCCAGUCGGAAUGCAAAGCUGUGCAGCUUUGAUUCGAAAAUUCCUCACAUACACCCUGCCUUGACAUCAUUCCGUGGUUCUACUUCAAAAAUUCUCGACUCGUUGCGUGUGAACCGGUUCGCUCGCCCCUUGCGCCUAGGGCAUGUUCGUGGCUAUCGAAGCGAGCAAAACGCCAUCGGCCCAGGAGGACGUGAAAACAUGUACCGUCCGGACGUGGAUAGAGUGGGUUCUCAGUUGGGUCCGACUACAAUCAAAUCACAUGCAAGUUCCGUUGGUAUCCUCCUUAUUUCAAACGCCUUUCGCAGAUGCACAUCCGGCACCGACCAAGCCGUCUUGAGCGUCUCGGACGCCAGUCAGUUGCAGGCUGUCUCGAUUGAUGGAGCUUUUCAGAGCCUACUUGACAUAGCAACAGGGCUUGAGACUGCGUUGCUUGUCUCUCGGUGA